AUGUAUUUUACAAGUACAACUCCUGGUCGCUUAGAUUCUUUAUAUCAAAAACCCGGCGAAUUCGAUAAUAAUCUUGAUAACCAAUAUGGCGUAAUUAUUGAUGCGGGUAGUAGUGGCAGCAGAAUGUUUGUUUACACAUGGCCUAAACCUUCAGGAAAUAAACGCGAACUCUUAAACAUAUACUUAUUUAAUGAUAAAGAAGGAAUUCCGGUUGUCAAAAAAAUGACACCUGGACUUUCAUCCUUUGGAAAUAACCUUUCCGGGAUCGCCAAAUAUUUGUCACCUCUUCUGGAUCUUGCGGUCAAAAAUAUUCCUCAAGAAAAACACAAAGAAACUCCAAUUUAUAUUUUGGCAACUGCUGGCAUGAGAUUACUGCCUGAAAAGGUUCAGUCUGAAAUAUGGAGUGUUGUCAGGCUUUUUAUAGUCACUAAAUACGACUUCAUAUUCUCAGAACACAAUGCCAAAACUAUAUCUGGAGCUGAUGAAGGCAUGUAUGGCUGGAUAGCUGUUAAUUAUCUUCUUCGUCGAUUUGAUCAGAGCCAUAGACAUUCGGAUAGCUCAGAAAUGGGCGUUUCAUGUGAGCUCCGAUAUUUUAAUUUACCCCACAUUUUAUAUGAACUUUAG